AUGGUGUCACUAGACCCCUCGCGGCGGCCGACGGGCCUCAACCCCAAGCCCGACCCCUCCCGCCCGCCCGCCGCAGCCGCGGAGGCGCUGGCGCACCCCUACUUUUCCAAUGCCCCGCCGCCCACGCCGCGCGCCCAGCUGCCCAAGCCGCCGCUGCGCGAGGACAACCCCCUGCAGGGUCCGCAGGGGCUCAAGCCCGCGGUCAAGGCGGCCACGCGGCAGGGCGAGCCCGACGCCUCGGCGCGGCCCGCAAAGCAGCGGCGGAUCGACGCCGCCGGCGCGGCGUCCCCGGCGUCUUAG